AUGCGGGGUUCCAGGUUUCUGGCUUCUGGCUUCUGGCUUUUGGGAUUGAUAAUUGGAGCUGUGCAAGACUGUCAGACUGCAAGUGUUGCGUUGCGCCUGGAGCCGACCUGGAGCUCUCCCUGGAGCUUGCUUGCAGUUGCAUUGGAGCUCAAGCCGCAAGCCUCAAGGAUCGCAGUUACAGCGCAUCGAGAGCCUGUCGCCCGUCGCCGUUUGCAGGCCGGCGCCGUGCGUCUAAAGAGCGGUCUCGUGGGCUUGGUUGGCGCACGCUGGCUCACUGGUUCACGGCUGCACGGCUGCUACGUACUCGUACCUAGUAUUGGCAGAUGGAUGCGCGGGGUUAUUGCUCCGCAUGCCUAUCAAGCUGUCUCUGUCUCUGCCUCUGCCGGCUGGCUGCAAGGAGAAAAGAACCCAGCAUCGCAUCGAGUCAUCGGCGGAGGCUCGAUUCCGGAGUGGGUGCAAUUCAAUGGGCUAGAGCUUGGAAAAGGAGGCGGAGUCCAUAGUGGAGGGCGAAACAAAGUCUUGGACUCUUGGACUCUUGGACGACUCUUGGAUUUGCCACUUGGCCCCGAGACAAGCAUAUGA